ACCAACCGAAGUCCUCGCCAAAUCCAGUGGUGACACAUCGAAAGUCCAAGGCAGAAGAGGAGAGGAUAGAGAUUGAAAGAAAGAGAAAUGGUUGCCCUUUCUCUUCUCAGCACGACCCCUGUUGCUCUAUCUCAGACCUCAUAUCGCCAACGAAACCUUACUCUCACCCCCCGGUCAAAUUACCGCCAUCUCUCCUCUCUCCAUCCAUCUCCAUUUCUUUCUCUCUCUGCAAACCUCGCCCAUGCCAGAGCUCGGCCGCAGAGCACCAGAACCGGCAUCUUUCUUCCUCACCUCGUGGCCUCAAUGGAGGACGUCGAGGUGUCUUAUAUUAUGAUUAAACCUGAUGGUGUUCAACGUGGACUGGUUGGAGAGAUUAUUUCUCGAUUUGAGAAGAAGGGGUUUUUGCUCAAGGGAUUGAAGCUUUUUCAAUGCCCUAAGGACUUGGCUGAGGAGCAUUACAAGGAUCUGAAGGACAAAUCUUUCUUUCCUAAAUUAAUAGACUACAUUACAUCAGGUCCAGUUGUCUGUAUGGCAUGGGAAGGUGUCGGUGUUGUUGCAUCGGCCCGUAAGCUAAUAGGAGCAACUAAUCCUCUUCAAGCUGAACCCGGCACUAUACGAGGAGAUUUAGCAGUUCAAACAGGAAGAAAUGUUGUUCAUGGAAGUGACAGCCCUGAUAACGGACAGCGAGAAAUUGCUCUAUGGUUCAAAGAAGGUGAAUUGUGUCAAUGGGUAUCAGCUCAAGCAUCUUGGCUCAGAGAAUAAAACAAGGCACACAAGUUCCCAUGUCCUAUUCUUCAAAAUUUCCAGUAUUUUUUUUGACUUCGGCCUCGUGUAUUAGCUCUGCAGUUGGGGUUAAAAGAUAAAACAUGUUUUUUUUUUUGCCCUCUCGGAGAGUUGAACCGUGAUUUUCCAAUAAAGGAAUUUGCUACUGUCUUCUGUUGAUAUAGCACAUCUAUGUGCUUUAAUAAUUCCGUGAACUUGCAAUUUUUAUUUAUUUUUUUGGCUU